AUGUCUUCGUCCAAGGGGCUACCUUAUUUCUUCAAUAACCAAACCAAACAGUCGUCUUGGGACGCGCCGUCAGAGUUAUCUCAGCAAGAGAUAGACUCUCUACCUGGCGCUAAGGAAUAUCUCAAUGGAAAGGGUGGAGCUGCAGGUGCCCAUGCCGGACAAAGCAACAUUACGCGCACAAAGGAGGAGGCGAUUGAAAUACUACGCGGAUAUCAAGCCCAGAUCAACGGAUCGCAGGAGAAGUUUGCUGAGCUCGCUACGCUCCACUCUGAUUGCUCAUCUCACAGCAAUGGAGGGGAUCUUGGAUGGUUUGGACGAGGGCAAAUGCAGAAACCUUUCGAAGAUGCUGCUUACGGACUGGAGCCUGGUCAGAUCAGCGAUAUCAUUUCGUCUGAUAGUGGAGUCCACCUUGUUUUGCGAACCGCUUGA